UGAGCGACGGACAUGGCGAUGGUGGCGUGGAGGAACCCCGAGGAGGGGACGCUCUCUUCUCCGGUUUCGCACGUUGCUCUGCCCGUGCACAUGAACCCACCGCCGGCCUCCCUGGAGAUGCCCCCGGCAGCAGCGCCACCCAACACCACCAGCAGUACUACUAACAACAACAACAGUUCUUCGUCCUCGUCGUCCUCAUCGUCGUCCUCAUCGUCAUCAUCCGACAAGCAGGCGAGCUCGCACAUCGAGUGCAUCGUUUGCGGCGACAAAUCGAGCGGGAAGCACUACGGCCAGUUCACCUGCGAGGGCUGCAAAAGCUUCUUCAAGCGCAGCGUGCGCCGCAACCUGAGCUAUACUUGCCGGGCCAGCCGAACUUGCCCCGUCGACCAGCACCACCGCAACCAGUGCCAAUACUGCCGUCUCAAGAAGUGCCUCAAAGUAGGCAUGAGGAGGGAAGGUACGCGCCAGCCGCCCCCGGCGGUGCAGCGAGGCCGCCUCCCCCCGGCACAGUCGUUUCACGGCCAGUUCUCUCUCAGCACGGGCGAGCCCUUACAGUGCCACUCUUACCUGUCAGGUUACAUCUCGCUGCUACUGCGGGCCGAGCCCUACGCGACGUCGCGCUUCGGCUCCCAGUGCCUGCAGGGGGGCGGCGCGGUGGGCAUCGAGAACAUCUGCGAGCUGGCGGCGCGCAUGCUGUUCAGCGCCGUGGAGUGGGCCCGCAACAUUCCAUUCUUCCCGGACCUGCAGGUGUCCGACCAGGUCGCUCUGCUGCGGCUUACCUGGAGCGAGCUGUUCGUGCUCAACGCGGCCCAGUGCGCCAUGCCGGUGCACGUGGCGCCGCUGCUGGCCGCCGCCGGCCUGCACGCAGCCCCCAUGUCGGCCGAGCGCGUGGUGGCCUUCAUGGACCAUAUUCGCGUCUUCCAGGAGCAGGUGGAGAAGCUGAAGACGUUGCACGUGGACUCGGCGGAGUACUCGUGCCUCAAGGCAGUCGUGCUGUUCACCACAGAUGCGUGCGGCUUGUCGGAUGCGGUGCACGUGGAGGGCCUGCAGGAGAAGUCGCAGUGCGCACUUGAGGAGUACGUUCGCAGCCAGUACCCCAACCAGCCCAGCCGCUUCGGUCGCCUGCUGCUGCGUCUGCCGUCUCUGCGCUCUGUGUCGUCGGCCGUCAUCGAGCAGCUGUUCUUCGUGCGCUUGGUGGGCAAGACGCCCAUUGAGACCCUCAUCCGUGACAUGCUGCUGUCGGGCAGCAGCUUCAACUGGCCUUAUGUGCCCGUCCAGUAGCGCCCCCUGUGGCGGGAGAGCGGCUGAGCUGAGGUCAAAUCUUCUCCAGGACAAAUUUACGCGGCCCCA